AUGAAGUGGAUGAAGUGGCACAUGAUCAUCACAUUUCUGGUGGCAGACGCUUGUGAGGUAGUCGCCUUUGGGGGCCAUCGAAUUUCAUUGGAAGUUGCUGGGGUUGCGCUGCUGAUUUUAGGCUUCCUUGGGAUGAUCUUCUCAACUUAUGUGCUUCACAUGCCUCAAAGAUGCUUGCCCUUAAGACCCACGGAUGAGGAGCUCUUCUCCCCGGCAAUUCUGGGAGAUGGAGAAGCGCUCCAUACAGCGGUGGGUCAAAACAUGUGGUGUGUCAACUUGGAGGAUCUUCGUCAGCUGCGGCGCCUGGUGAUGCACGCAGUGGCGCGUGGCACGGUUCGACCCACCGAUCGAGAUCCAUUUGACUUGAAGGACUAUGCGAUUGGUCCGUCGGUUUACACGGUGACCGAGCAGUUUCUGAAGCCAAUCACCGGUCAGGCCGGGCAGAUGAGCUGGGCCCUGAUGAAACAUGCAGAUGGCUUGCCAUGCGAUCUCUUUGUGACACAUGCCUGGGCCGAAGGUAUCUAUGAGCUCAUCGCUCGCGUGGAGCAUUCUUGGCCGAGGGGUAUGCGGGGUGCAUACAUUUGCUUCCUGUCCAACCCGCAAAAUCUCAACAUUGAAGCCUUGAUUGCAAGCCCAAGGGAGUCGCCCUUUGCACUGGCUCUUCAAUCAGCUUCACUUCUACUUGUUUGUCCGAAUGAACACCGCAGCAUCUACACGCGGCUUUGGUGCGUCUAUGAAGCUUUUCUCGCCUACUCUUGGCAGAAGGAGAUUCGCACGGCGACCAAAUACCACGAAGGUUUCUAUUGCUUGUUGAUGCGCUGGUCUUUUUGGUAUGUGGCUACUGCCGGUUUGAUGCUGCUGCUGCAGUGCCAGGUUCAGGAAGCCGUCUUUUCCACGGUCGGCUUCCUGAUCCCUGUCUGA